AUCAUGUUUAAACUCAAUAAGAUUGCAUUUUUCAGGUCAGAUCCAAACAUGGGCUACGUUAAAGGAUACCUACAGUAUGGGCUGUACCUGUACCUUCUGCUCCUUUUGGCCAUUGGUAUUGGGUACACCAUCACCGGCCAGGGAGAGAGGAUUGACUUUGGCUGGUUCCUCUCCAGUGUCUCCGCAUACUUCUGGGGGGCCAUUGGCAUCGGUCUAACUGUUUCUCUGAGCGUCGUUGGAGCUGCUAUGGGUAUCCACACAACUGGUGUGAGCAUUGUUGGUGGCGGUGUCCGUGCCCCUCGCAUCAAGACCAAGAAUCUGAUCUCGGUCAUCUUCUGCGAGGCUGUCGCUAUUUACGGACUCAUCAUUGCCAUCAUCCUGGCUGGUAUUUUGGAGGAGUACUCCGAGACAAAGGCUAACGCUAAUGAGGACAUCUUUGAGCAGAACCUCCUCUCUGGUUACCUGAUGUUUGCUGCUGGUCUGACUGUAGGACUUACCAACCUGUUUUGUGGUCUUGCUGUUGGGAUUGUUGGUUCUGCUGCCGCACUUGCUGACGCUGCUGAUGCCUCCCUCUUCGUGCGCAUCCUCAUCGUUGAGAUCUUUGGUAGUGCUAUUGGCCUCUUUGGACUUAUUGUGGGAAUUCUGCAGACAUCCAAGGCCAAGAUGGGAGACAAAGUGUAAAGAAGAAGGCUGUUACACCCAAAAAAUAAUAAAACAAAAGCAGAAAACAUUCCAAGCAUGUCAAGUUUUGUAUGCAGACCAGUGACUUAUCCAGGGGAAGUCAUCCCAGAACAUUUGGAGCACAAAGAGAAAAAAAGCCUUUUGUUUUAUCAGAAGCCUCCCCUCAGUCGGACUUCUUGUGCUAGUUUUAAACUCCUUUUAGACCACUAGGUACUAACAUUAAGAAGUAGUGAGGGUACAGGUGUUCGUUAUCAACUUCUCUUCUUUUCUACUUACUCAUUCUCUAGCUGAUGUUCACUUUUAGGAAGAAGCUUACCAAGGUUAUGAACAACAUAAAUGACAUUGCUGGUCUGCUUCCAGCUAGUGAAAGUGAACAGCUGAAUUUCUGUAUCAAUAUUUUUAUUUUCUUCCUCCUCUUAUUUUUCUUUUGUUUUUUAGAGAGAAUUCAACCAUUCACAAUCCAUUCUGGUUGUCCUCACCUUCUGGUCGUGCAGUGACGGGAAUGGUGAUUUUUUUCUUUCUCUAAUAUACAGUUUCUAGCCACUUAAUGUGCAGAGUAUGCCUAAAAUAUAUAUUACUUGUCUAUUGUUCCGAUGAAGAAUGCUUUCCAUGCUGUUCUCAGUGUAUUUAUUUACAUAGUUUGUAAAUAUGUUAUCAAGAGGGAAUACAGUCUUGUCAUUCUUGUAGAUCGUAUGGCAGUUUAGAUAAUAUUUCUGAACUGAUGUUCUGUGUAUCAAAGGUGAAAUUGAAUAGAUAAUGUAUUGAUGUAAGAUUGUGUGUAUAUAUAUAUAUGAUUGUAUUUCUGUUAUGUUCUGAAUCCCUGAUGCUGUGGGUAAAAGAUAUUGUGAAUAAAGAAGGAUUAUUGGUU